UGUUGUCACUGUAGCUCAGAAUGGACAAACCAAACACUGGUUCUAGAGAGGGCCUUUCAGUUUUUUUUUUGCAAGUCUCACAGCCACUGUAGAUUCUCCUACAAGCUUGGAAGGGGUAUUCAGUUGGUUGCAUUCUACAGCCUCACCACUAGGCGCCACCAAAUCCUACAUACUGGUUAUGGUCAAGUUCAUGUAACGUUUUAUUUGUUUUUGUUUGCUUCUUUUUUUUUUUCUUUUUUUUUUAUAAAUAUCCAUUGACAUAAAUUGCUAGCUAAAGGUUACUCUGAGAUGCAUAAGAGAAAUAUAGUUUAUACCAGUGACAGAAAACAGACUCACAGCAAAUGUUGGAAAUACCGGUGCUGUUAUUUGCAGACUAUCUUGAAGCCUAAAACAUCAUCAGACAUCAUCUGUAACUGUAUUUUACCAUAUGUCACUUUUCCAAAAGAAGGCAUUUAUUCUCAAUUCAUUCUCUGAGCUCUGACAAUUUAUGCUGAUGCAGUUAACUUGUUCAAUAAAUGUUUUUCCAAGGUGACAUUAUCUCCUCUUUGCCUGUGCUUUGUUGGAUAGUUAAUAAGAUACGAGAAAAAACUGGCCAUGUGCAAUGAGAUUUUUGAAAAGUAUGAAAAAUGUAACUCGAUUCAUUUCAGGAAGUACGGUAUGUUGUUGCUGUUAGGUGAUAGAACUGCAAGUGUAACCCACACAGGAAGCUUUCAGUCAUGGUUGCAUUAAAAGGAACACCCAUGUGUGAAUUCUAACUACCGUUCAGCAGAGGCUGAUACUUGACAUUGCGAAGUAGCUCGUGAGACAACUGAAGUGCCAGAUUUGGGUGGAUGAAAGACUUGUCAUGUCUGCUCAGAGUGGAAAGAAAAAAAGAUGGGGCUCACGUCGCCGUGGGGGAAACCAAAGUGAAAGAUCAGAGCCUGAUGAGUUCCAUGUAAAGGACAGUACCUCUGUAGUGCAAGCCAGCAUACCAGAAGAAAAUACUGAAUCAUUAAAUAUGUUAUCUAAUUCUGACUAUUCCCAAUUGGAAACCAAACAUCCACCUUCACCAGAACUUAUAGGGAACAGAAGAAAACUUGGAUCUAGCCGUAGAAGUAAAGGAAGACAGCAUGUCACUUCUGUUACUGAACCAUACAACAAACCUAGAGAGGAAGUUGAGGAAAAUACAAGUAAUGAAACCUUUGAACCAACACAAAUGUCACUAGCAAUACAACCUGAGAGGCAUACAGAAUUAAGUCAAGGAAAUGAGCAUGAUAUCUUCUAUGUGACACACGAUAGCUCUUUGUAUUCAGUCACUACGCCAGGUUAUUCUUCUGAGGUUUAUAACCCCAGCGGUUCAGAGGUUGACUUGGAAAGUUUAAUUCCCAAAAAUGAAAAUCUGCAAGCAGAGCAUGAUCAAACAGAGACUGACUGUGAAGUGGUGUCUGAUUCUUGUAAAAUCAUGCUGGGAGGAACAAACAAAUCUGACACACUCGAGAGUGCAGAAGUCAGUGAUCAAGUCGAACAAAAUGCGCAUCAUGUUGGCACCUCUGAUUUUAUUAGUUCCAGUUUAUAUUUAAGCUCUACAGUUGAUCAGGAGCUAAUUGACCAAUUAAAAUCCAGGGAGAUGCCAGGAGAAGAACUCCCCAGUGUUGAUUCUGUAACAGAUACAGAAAACAAGAAAAGAGAUGAUGAUACAGACUUGUUAAGGCAAGAUGGAAAUUUACAGGGCAACUAUUUGGUCAGUGAGUCAUAUGUUAAGUCAGAAGAUAUAGAGUUUUCUUCCACACCAGAGACAACCACCGAUAAAAGCAGUUUCGGGGAAAACACUGAAAUUGAAAACAAUGUUGAGCGAGCAACAUUUUCAUUACCAACAGAGGAGUUGUCUACAAAUGAGGAACUAAAUGAGCGCUUCAACUUAUCUGAAGUCAAAGAUGAUCAGCAUUCAGAGGAUGCUGUAAAUAAAGAGCACAAACAGGAGGUUAAGGCAACACAAAUGCAAGAGAUGCAUCAAAUUGAUUACUCCUCUGAAAGUGUGAUACAUGAUGCCACAGAAAAGUCAGAUACUUGCCCUGAAAACCUGAUUGACCAAGCUGAAAUCAGGGACACAUAUCAAUCUGAGUUGAGUGUGAAAAGUCCUGAUGAUUCUGUUCCUAAGCAGGAAAUUUCAAAUCCUGAUGAAAAUCAGGAUGAGCAUCACAGUAAAGAACGCAAUAUGGAGGCUUUUGAUCAGAGAAAUGAGGAUGAUCAUGUAUCUAAUAAAAGAAAAAUGGGGUCUAGCCGACGAAAUAAAGGAAGACGACACAUCAAGGACUCUGUUGCUGAAUCAUACCACAAACCUACAGAGGAAGUUGAUCAUGUAUCUAAUACCAAGGAACCUUGGAUCAGCAACAUAGCACCAUGUCAGGUAUAUGAGGGUGAAGGCCAAGUAGAGGACGACAUAAAACCCAGCGCUGAAGAAAAAGUUCAUCAGGUGAAGGAGGGAAUAAUCUCUGAAUUUGAGGAGGGCAAAUCCUCUUUACAAAACCUGCAAUCAGAAAUAAAUGCUCCUUUGGACUCCCAACCUCAAGGUGAUUCUAUAAGCAUAGAAGAGCAAACUGACAGCAGCCUCAACCCCAUUGGGAACAGGAGGAAAAUGGGGUCUAGCCGACGAAAUAAAGGAAAACGACACAUCAAGGACUCUGUUGCUGAAUCAUACCACAAACCUACAGAGGAAGUUGUUGAAAAUAUGAGGGGCAGUGAAGCCUUUGAAACAACGAAAAUAUCAUUAGCAACAGAGCCAGUAUGGCAAGAACAAUUAAGUCAAGAGAUUGAGCCUGACAUGACACAUGACAACUCUUUGUAUUCAGCCACUACACCCGGUUAUUCUUCUGAGGUUCAGAACCUCACUACAACAAACCAUCCAGAGACUGUCCUUGAAGGUUUACUUCCCGAAAGCGGAAAUCUGCAAGCAGAUGAUGAUGAAAGAGAGACUGACUCUGCAGUGGUGUCUGAUGUUUGUAAAUCUGUGGAAACUACGCUGGAAGAAAGAGACAAAUCUGACACUCCUCAGACUGAAGACAUUAGUGAUCAAGUCAAAGAAACAUCACAUCUUGUUGACAUCUCUGCAUUGACUAGUAUAAGUGUACAAUCAAGUUCAACAGCAGAUCAACAGCUGAAUGCCCAAUCAAUUUCCAGGGAGAUGUCAAAUGAAGAACUCCCCAGUGUUUAUUCUAUAACAGAUACAGAAAACAAGGAAAGAGAUGACGACACAAACUUGUUGAGGCAAGAUGGAAUUUUACAGGUUAACUAUUUGACAUGUGAGUCACAUGUAGAAUCAGAAGAUGUAGAGUUUUCUACCACACCAGAGGUAACCACCGAUAAAACCAGCUUCGGGGAAAAUACUGAAAUUGAAUACAAUGUUGAGCAAGCAACAUUUUCAUUACCAACAGAGGUGUUGUCUACAAAUGAGGGACUAAAUGAGCAUUUCAACUUAUCUGAGGUCAAAGAUGAUCAGCUUUCAGAGGAUGCUGUAAAUAAAGAGCACAAACAGGAGGUUAAGGCAUCACAAAUGCAAGAGAUGCAUCAAAUUGAUUACUCCUCUGAAAAUGUGAUACAAGAUGCCACAGAAAAGUCUGAUACCUGCUCUGAAAACCUGAUUGACCAAGCUGAAAUCAGGGACACGUAUCAAUCUGAGUUGAGUGUGAAAAGUUCUGAUGAUUCUGUUCCUAAGCAGGAAAUUUCAAAUCCCGACGAAAAUCAGGAUGAGCAUCACAUUAAAGAACGCAAUAUGGAGGCUUUGGAUCAGAGAAAUGAGGAUGAUCAUGUAUCUAAUACCAAGGAACCUUUGAUCAGCAACAUAGCACCAUGUCAGGUAUAUGAGGGUGAAGGCCAAGUAGAGGACGACAUACAACCUAGUGCUGAAGAAAAAGUUCAUCAGGAAAGGGAAGAACUCCUUCAUAAAGUUGAGGAGAGAGAAUAUUAUUUACAAAACCUGCAAUCAGAAAUAAAUGCUACUUUGGACUCCCAACCUCAGGGUGAUUCUAUAAGCAUAGAAGAGCAAACUGACAGCAGCCUCAACCCCAUUGGGAACAGGAGGAAAAUGGGGUCUAGCCGACGAAAUAAAGGAAAACGACACAUCAAGGACUCUGUUGCUGAAUCAUACCACAAACCUACAGAGGAAGUUGUUGAAAAUAUGAGGAGCAGUGAAGCCUUUGAAACAACAAAAAUAUCAUUAGCAACAGAGCCAGUAUGGCAAGAAGAAUUAAGUCAAGAGAUUGAGCCUGAAAUGACACAUGACAACUCUUUGUAUUCAGCCACUACACCUGGUUAUUCUUCUGAGGUUCAGAACCUCACUACAACAAACCAUCCAGAGACUGUCCUUGAAGGUUUACUUCCCGAAAGCGGAAAUUUGCAAGCAGAUGAUGAUGAAAGAAAGACUGACUCUGCAGUGGUGUCUCAUGUUUGUAAAUCUGUGGAAACUACGCUGGAAGAAAGAGACAAAUCUGACACUCCUCAGACUGAAGACAUUAGUGAUCAAGUCAAAGAAACAUCACAUCUUGUUGACAUCUCUGCAUUGACUAGUAUAAGUGUACAUUCAAGUUCAACAGCAGAUCAACAGCUGAAUGACCAAUCAAUUUCCAGGGAGAUGUCAAAUGAAGAACUCCCCAGUGUUUAUUCUAUAACAGAUACAGAAAACAAGGAAAGAGAUGACGACACAAACUUGUUGAGGCAAGAUGGAAUUUUACAGGUUAACUAUUUGACAUGUGAGUCACAUGUAGAAUCAGAAGAUGUAGAGUUUUCUACCACACCAGAGGUAACCACCGAUAAAACCAGCUUCGGGGAAAAUACUGAAAUUGAAUACAAUGUUGAGCAAGCAACAUUUUCAUUACCAACAGAGGUGUUGUCUACAAAUGAGGGACUAAAUGAGCAUUUCAACUUAUCUGAGGUCAAAGAUGAUCAGCUUUCAGAGGAUGCUGUAAAUAAAGAGCACAAACAGGAGGUUAAGGCAUCACAAAUGCAAGAGAUGCAUCAAAUUGAUUACUCCUCUGAAAAUGUGAUACAAGAUGCCACAGAAAAGUCUGAUACCUGCUCUGAAAACCUGAUUGACCAAGCUGAAAUCAGGGACACGUAUCAAUCUGAGUUGAGUGUGAAAAGUUCUGAUGAUUCUGUUCCUAAGCAGGAAAUUUCAAAUCCCGACGAAAAUCAGGAUGAGCAUCACAUUAAAGAACGCAAUAUGGAGGCUUUGGAUCAGAGAAAUGAGGAUGAUCAUGUGUCUAAUACCAAGGAACCUUGGAUCAGCAACAUAGCACCAUGUCAGGUAUAUGAGGGUGAAGGCCAAGUAGAGGACGACAUACAACCUAGUGCUGAAGAAAAAGUUCAUCAGGAAAGGAAAGAACUCCUUCAUAAAGUUGAGGAGAGAGAAUAUUAUUUACAAAACCUGCAAUCAGAAAUAAAUGCUACUUUGGACUCCCAACCUCAGGGUGAUUCUAUAAGCAUAGAAGAGCAAACUGACAGCAGCCUCAACCCCAUUGGGAACAGGAGGAAAAUGGGGUCUAGCCGACGAAAUAAAGGAAAACGACACAUCAAGGACUCUGUUGCUGAAUCAUACCACAAACCUACAGAAGAAGUUGUUGAAAAUAUGAGGGGCAGUGAAGCCUUUGAAACAACUAAAAUAUCAUUAGCAACAGAGCCAGUAUGGCAAGAACAAUUAAGUCAAGAGAUUGAGCCUGAAAUGACACAUGACAACUCUUUGUAUCCAGCCACUACACCUGGUUAUUCUUCUGAGGUUCAGAACCUCACUACAACAAACCAUCCAGAGACUGUCCUUGAAGGUUUACUUACCAAAAGUGAAAAUGUGCAAGCACAUGAUGAUGAAAGAAAGACUGACUCUACAGUGUUGUCUGAUGUUUGUGAAUCUGUAGAAACUAUGCUGGAAGAAAGAGACAAAUCUGACACUCCUCAGACUGAGGACAUUAGUGAUCAAGUCAAAGAAACAUCACAUCUUGUUGGCAUCUCUGCGUUGACUAGUAUAAGUGUACAUUCAAGUUCAACAGCAGAUCAACAGCUGAAUGACCAAUCUCAUUCCAGGGAGAUGUCAAAUGAAGAACUCCCCAGUGUUUAUUCUAUAACAGAUACAGAAAACAAGGAAAGAGAUGACAACACAAACUUGUUGAGGCAAGAUGGAAUUUUACAGGUUAACUAUUUGACACGUGAGUCACAUGUAGAAUCAGAAGAUGUAGAGUUUUCUACCACACCAGAGGUAACCACCGAUAAAACCAGCUUCGGAGAAAACACUGAAAUUGAAUACAAUGUUGAGCAAGCAACAUUUUCAUUACCAACAGAGGAGUUGUCUACAAAUGAGGAACUAAAUGAGCAUUUCAACUUAUCUGAGGUCAAAGAUGAUCAGCUUUCAGAGGAUGCUGUAAAUAAAGAGCACAAACGGGAGGUUAAGGCAUCACAAAUGCAAGAGAUGCAUCAAAUUGAAUACUCCUCUGAAAGUGUGAUACAUGAUGCCACAGAAAAGUCUGAUACCUGCUCUGAAAACCUGAUUGACCAAGCUGAAAUCAGGGACACGUAUCAAUCUGAGUUGAGUGUGAAAAGUACUGAUGAUUCUGCUACCGAGCAGGACAUUUCAAAUCCUGAUGACAAACAGGAUGAGCAUUCCAUUGAAGAAAGCAAUAUGCAGGCUUUGAACCAGAGAAAUGAGGAUGAUCAUGUAUCUAAUACCAAGGAACCUUGGAUCAACAACAUAGCACCAUGUCAGGUAUAUGAGGGUGAAGGCCAGGUAGAGGACGACAUACAACCCAGUGCUGAAGAAACAGUUCAUCAGGUGAAGGAGGGAAUCCUUUCUGAAUUUGAGGAGGGCAAAUCCUCUUUACAAACCCAGCAAUCAGAAAUAAAUGCUACUUUGGACUCCCAACCUCACGGUGAUUCUAUAAGCAUAGAAGAGCAAACUGACAGCAGCUUCAACCCCAUUAGGAACAGAAGGAAAAUGGGGUCUAGCCGACGAAAUAAAGGAAGACGAUACAUCAAGGACCCUGCUGCUGAAUCAUACUAUGAACCUACAGAGGAAGUUGUUGAAAAUAUGAGGGGCAGUGAAGCCUUUGAAACAACUAAAAUAUCAUUAGCAACAGAGCCAAUAUGGCAAGAACAAUUAAGUCAAGAGAGUGAGCCUGAAAUGACACAUGACAACUCUUUGUAUUCAGCCACUACACCUGGUUAUUCUUCUGAGGUUCAGAACCUCACUACAACAAACCAUCCAGAGACUGUCCUUGAAGGUUUACUUACCAAAAGUGAAAAUGUGCAAGCACAUGAUGAUGAAAGAGAGACUGACUCUGCAGUGUUGUCUGAUGUUUGUAAAUCUGUGGAAACUAUGCUGGAAGAAAGAGACAAAUCUGACACUCCUCAGACUGAGGACAUUAGUGAUCAAGUCAAAGAAACAUCACAUCUUGUUGGCAUCUCUGCGUUGACUAGUAUAAGUGUACAUUCAAGUUCAACAGCAGAUCAACAGCUGAAUGACCAAUCCAAUUCCAGGGAGAUGUCAAAUGAAGAACUCCCCAGUGUUUAUUCUAUAACAGAUACAGAAAACAAGGAAAGAGAUGACGACACAAACAUGUUGAGGCAAGAUGGAAUUUUACAGGUUAACUAUUUGACAUGUGAGUCACAUGUAGAAUCAGAAGAUGUAGAGUUUUCUACCACACCAGAGGUAACCACCGAUAAAACCAGCUUCGGAGAAAAUACUGAAAUUGAAUACAAUGUUGAGCAAGCAACAUUUUCAUUACCAACAGAGGAGUUGUCUACAAAUGAGGAACUAAAUGAGCAUUUCAACUUACCUGAGGUCAAAGAUGAUCAACAUUCAGAGGAUGCUGUAAAUAAAGAGCACAAACAGGAGGUUAAGGCAUCACAAAUGCAAGAGAUGCAUCAAAUUGAUUACUCCUCUGAAAGUGUGAUACAUGAUGCCACAGAAAAGUCUGAUACUUGCCCUGAAAACCUGAUUGACCAAGCUGAAAUCAGGGACACGUAUCAAUCUGAGUUGAGUGUGAAAGAUACUGAUGAUUCUGCUACCGAGCAGGACAUUUCAAAUCCUGUUGACAAACAGGACGACAUACAACCCAGUGCUGAAGAAACAGUUCAUCAGGUGAAGGAGGGAAUCCUUUCUGAAUUUGAGGAGGGCAAAUCCUCUUUACAAACCCAGCAAUCAGAAAUAAAUGCUACUUUGGACUCCCAACCUCACGGUGAUUCUAUAAGCAUAGAAGAGCAAACUGACAGCAGCUUCAACCCCAUUAGGAACAGAAGGAAAAUGGGGUCUAGCCGACGAAAUAAAGGAAGACGAUACAUCAAGGACCCUGCUGCUGAAUCAUACUAUGAACCUACAGAGGAAGUUGUUGGAAAUACCAGGGAUAAUGAAAUCCUUCAUGCAAUGAAAAGAUCACUAAUUAUAGAGGCACCCAUGGAGGAAAAAUCAGUGGAAACCAUGCUGGAAGAAAUGGACAAAUUAGACACUUCUCAGACCGACGAGGUUAGCGAACAAGUAAAAGAAAAUGCACAAGAGAUGCCAAAUGAAGAGCUUCCCAAUGUUUAUUCUGUAACAUAUACAGAGUACAAGGAAAGAGAUGAGGACACAGAAUUGAUGAUUCUGUGA